UGGAAGAAUUUGGUUUGCAGUCACAUAUGAAGCAAUUGUGCCAUAAUCAGAUUUUUUGUUUCAAUAAAAAUUUCAAUCACAAAAUAUUGUGACUGAUUCAACACCAAAUUUUCUGUCUUAAUAAUUAUGCAGGGGCAUGGCUUAUCUUCAUAAUGAGCCCAAUGUCAUAAUUCAUAGGGAUUUAAAGCCGAGGAAUGUCCUACUGGUAAACUCAAACGCAGAUCAUUUAAAGGUUGGAGACUUUGGCCUAAGCAAGCUCAUUAAAGUUCAGAACUCUAAUGAUGUGUACAAAAUGACAGGAGAAACUGGAAGCUAUCGUUACAUGGCACCUGAAGUUUUCAAGCAUAGGAAAUAUGAUAAGAAGGUUGAUGUUUUUUCGUUUGCAAUGAUACUGUAUGAGAUGCUUGAAGGAGAUCCCCCUCUGGCAAACUAUGAACCAUAUGAAGCCGCCAAAUUUGUGGCUGAGGGACAUCGCCCAACAUUUCGAGCAAAAGGAUACACUCCAGAAUUGAGGGAGUUGACAGAACAUUGCUGGGCUGCAGAUAUGAACCGAAGACCUUCUUUCCUGGAGAUCCUCAAGAAACUUGAGAAAAUCAAGGAUAAUUUGUCGCAAGAUCAUCAUUGGCAUAUAUUCACUCAAUGAAGGGGAAUUUAUGGGCUUUCCAUUUAGAUAUGCUAUUUUUCUCUU